CUGCCUCCCCCGCGCGGCGCCGCUGGCCGUCAGGACCCGAGCCCAGACGCACGCGGCGCCGACCCGCGAUGGCCAAGCGCAGCUCGCUGUCCAUCCGCAUCGUGGAGGGGAAGAACCUGCCGGCCAAGGACAUCAAUGGCAGCAGUGACCCCUACUGCGUGGUGAAGGUGGACCUUGAGCCCAUCAUCAGGACGGCCACCGUGUGGAAGACCUUGUGCCCCUUCUGGGGGGAGGAGUACGAGGUGAACCUGCCGCCCUCCUUCCACGAGGUGGCCUUCUACGUCCUGGACGAGGACGCCCUCAGCCGGGAUGAUGUCAUCGGGAAGGUCUGCCUUACCAGGGAGACCCUGGCUGCUCACCCCAAGGGUUUCUGCGGGUGGGCUCACCUGACGGAGGUGGACCCCGACGAGGAGGUGAAGGGUGAGAUCCACCUGCGGCUAGAGGUGCUGCCUGCACCCCGCGACCGGCUGCGCUGCUGCGUGCUGGAGGCCAGGGACCUGGCGUCCAGGGACCGCAACGGUGCAUCCGACCCCUUUGUCCGCGUGCGCUACAACGGCCGGACACAGGAGACCUCGGUUGUCAAGAAAUCUCGCUACCCUCGCUGGAACGAGACGUUCGAGUUUGAGCUGGAGGAAGGGGCUGCGGAUGUGCUGUGUGUGGAGGCCUGGGACUGGGACCUGGUCAGCCGGAAUGACUUCCUGGGCAGGGUGGAGGUCAGUGUGCAGAACCUGAGGUUGGCCCAGCGCCAGGAGGGCUGGUUUCUGCUGCAGCCAGACCGGUCCAAGAGUCAGCGGCAGGAGGACAACCUGGGCUCCUUGCAGCUGGAGGUGCGUCUGCGGGACGAGACGGUGCUGCCUUCUGCCUGCUACCGGCCCCUGGUGCAGCUACUGUGCCAGGAGGUGAAAAUGGGCACGGAGGACCCAGGACAGCUGAUCCCUCUUCUGGAGGAGCUGACAAGUGCCGAGUGCCGCCAGGAAGUGGCCACCAAUCUGCUCAAGCUUUUCCUGGGCCAGGGACUGGCCACAGAAUUUCUGGACCUUCUCUUCCAGCUAGAGCUGGGCCGCACCAGUGAGACCAACACUCUGUUCCGGAGCAACUCUCUGGCCUCGAAAUCCACAGAGUCUCUCCUGAAGGUGGCCGGGCUGCGGUAUCUGCACGGAGUCCUGGGCCCCAUCAUCGACAAGGUGUUUGAGGAGAAGAAGUACGUGGAGUUGGACCCGAGCAAAGUGGAGGUCAAGGACGUCGGGUGCUCCGGGCUGCACCGCCCACCCACCGAGGCCGAAGUGCUGGAGCAGAGCGCGCACACGCUGCGCGGCCACCUGGGGGCGCUGCUGAGCGCCAUCAGCCGCUCGGUGCGCGCCUGCCCGACCGUGCUCCGCGCCACCUUCCGCCAGCUCUUCGUGCGCGUGCGCGAGCGCUUCCCCGGCGAGCAGCACGAGAACGUGCCCUUCAUCGCCGUCACCAGCUUCCUGUGCCUGCGCUUCUUCUCUCCCGCCAUCCUGGCGCCCAAGCUCUUCCACCUGCGGGAGCGGCACGCGGACUCCCGCACCAGCCGCACCCUGCUCCUGCUGGCCAAGGCAGUGCAGAACGUAGGCAACAUGGACACACCAGCUUCCAGGACCAAAGAGGCUUGGAUGGAGCCACUGCAGCCCAUCGUGCGCCAGGGUGUGGCCCAGUUGAAGGACUUCAUCACCAAGCUGGUGGACAUCCAGGAGAAGGAGGAGCUGGACCUGCAGCGGUCACUGAGCUUGCAGGCGCUUCCAGUGAAGGAGGGACCGCUCUUCAUCCACAGGACCAAGGGCAAGGGCCCCCUCAUGUCCUCCUCCUUUAAGAAGCUCUACUUUUCCCUCACCACCGAAGCCCUCAGCUUUGCCAAGACGGCCAACUCCAAGAAAAGCGCCCUCGUUAAGCUGGCCAAUAUCCGGGCCGCAGAGAAGGUGGAGGAGAAGAGCUUCGGCAGCGCGCUGGUCAUGCAGGUCAUCUAUACCGACGACGCUGGCCGACCCCAGACAGCGUACCUGCAGUGCAAGUGCAUGAACGAGCUGAACCAGUGGCUGUCGGCGCUUCGCAAGGGGAGCAUCAACAACCCGGGGCUGCUGGGCUCCUACCACCCCGGCGUCUUCCGCGGGGACAAGUGGAGCUGCUGCCAGCAGCGCGACAGGACAGACCUGGGCUGUGAUCGGACCCGCUCUCGGGUCACGCUGCGGGAGUGGAGUGACCCCCUGGACCCUGACCUGGAGGCCCAGCUCGUCUACCGCCACCUGCUGGGCCUGGAGGCCCACGUGCUGGAGAGGCAUCGGAGGCUAAGUGAGGGCGCAGAGCUCACAGCCGCUGGUAAAGCCCGCGGGGCCCCGCUGGCCCAGCUGCUGCAGGUGCUGCAGGAACUCCGCCAGGCCCACAGCGCUGUCGCUGAGGGGCGCCCCGCCUCGGAGCCGCAGACGUGAGCCCCUGACAUGCGCCCCCCGAUUCCGGGACACUGCUGAUUCUCACUGCAGGCCGAGGCCAGGGACCAGGGUCCCCGGCGGUCAGAGUGCUUCGGGCGCCUC